ACCCACACCGGAGCAAACGGCCAACAAACACCGCACGCUCGCUCGCGCGCACACCGAAGCAGUGGAAAGAGAGGAGCGGACAGAAAAGCCUGGAAAGCCAAAAAAGAAUUCACCAGCACAAAAGGGGAAAGGAGAGAGAGAGGCGAGGCGAGGCUAGGGUUUCGUCCAAUUCCGCCAUGGAUUCCGGUGACGCGUGGGGCCGCUCCUCCUCCACCUCCUCCUCCGCCGCCGCCGCGAGGCGCCUGCAGUCCCGCUACGAUCUGUACAUGGGGUUCGACGACGCGGACGCCGGCGGGGACGAGGUGGAGGCGCGCGGGGCGGAGGCCUACAACUGCCCCUUUUGCGGCGAGGACUUCGACUUCGUCGGGCUCUGCUGCCACAUCGACGACGAGCACGCCGUCGAGGCCAAGAGCGGGGUAUGCCCCAUCUGUGCUACAAGGGUUGGGGUGGACUUGAUAGGCCACUUGACAAUGCAGCAUGGAAGUUACUUCAAGAUGCAACGCAGGCGCAGAGUCCGAAAAGUAUCUUCCGGGUCCCAUUCUUUGCUGUCUUUGUUGAGAAAGGAUUUAAGAGACGGCAGUUUGCAGUCCUUUCUUGGUGGAUCAUCCUAUGUAUCUAAUCCUCCCGCUGCAGCCCCUGAUCCAUUUUUGCAAUCUUUAAUUUGUAGUUUGCCUGUGGCUGAACCAUCGAAAGAUUUUCGUUCCGACUCAUCUGACAAAACAUUUUUGCUAAAUAAAUUCCCAGAUGAAAAGGUCGUAGAGAGAGCUGAAACAUCUCUGUCCGAGAAGGAUCAGAAGGAGAGGGCUCAGAGGAGUGCAUUUGCCCGUGGGCUUGUGCUUUCCACAAUAUUUGAUGAUGAUACCAUGUAAGGGAGAUCGACUUUGAUAGUGGUUGCAUGACAUAGUCCAGGACGCUCAGCACAAGAGAAUUUAUCUAGAGCGCUGCAACCUUGUUCAUGCAGCCACUGCCGCUCACAGGCGUUAACGACCAACCGGAGGUCCAUCCAGUUAUGAAUGUAUAUGUAUUUAUGUAUGCCUUGCCGAGAGCGCAUCAUGAGAAUAGUGGAGGAAGGCCUUGUGUUGCAGCUUUCCACAUGGAAUAAAUGGGGAUACUAUCCUUAGUGGCGUUGUGCAUAUACAAAAGAGGGGCGAGCUACUCGUCAUGUAUUAGAUUAUAUUCUGUUUCAUCAAUGUAAUAAGUGUGUUGUAAACUCAUCUCAUCCUUAGUAUGUGAGAUUGCUUUGAUGCUUUCUGUAUAUAUUCGAUUGUGGUACAUUUGACAUUUGAGGAAAGGGAAUGGAGUGAAUUUAACAUU